AUGGCAGCUAAAAUGCAACACUUUGAUCCACCUAGCUCGGCGAGUUCUGAAAGGUGAGCGUCGAUAUUUUGCCAUCCGUUUUGUCUCUCUACUCGAAUACACAUGCUGAGUUCAUCGUGUUUCAGCGAUGAUGCUGAAGUUUGUUUGGACGAGAAGGAAAUUUUCCUUGCCGAUGAAUUAUGCGAAGAUGCUGAACACUACAGACGUUCUGACAUUGGAACACCAACGCCGCAAUCUCCGAGACCACCUUCCACUGGUUCCCAGAGAUCACCAAGGUCAAGAAGGCAACGCACUACUAGUUUAUCUCAAUCUAGCAAAAAGACUUCUGCAGAGUCUAUCCUUAGAAGUAAAACAAGAACAAUAUAUACAGCUGGUAGACCACCGUGGUAUAAUUCAGCUGGUCAGCAAGUGGAGCCCUUUGUAAUUGGUAUUUGUGGGGGCAGUGCAUCUGGAAAAACUACAGUUGCAACGAAAAUUAUAGAAUCUUUGGAUGUACCUUGGGUAACUCUUCUCAGCAUGGAUUCAUUCUACAAAGUACUGAAUGAAAAACAGCACGAAAUGGCUGCCCAUAAUGAAUACAAUUUCGAUCAUCCGGACGCGUUUGACUUCGAGUUACUUAAAACGACGCUGCAGCGUUUAAAGGAGGGCAGAAUGGUGGAAGUUCCUAUCUAUAAUUUUGUAACACAUCGUAGAGAAAGUAGAACUAUGUGCGACAUGAAGGUCUUUGUUGAUACUGAUGCUGAUGUGAGGCUUGCUCGGAGGUUACGUAGAGAUAUAUCGCAGAGAGGGAGAGACUUGGAAGGUGUGCUAAAGCAAUAUAGCACUAUGGUGCAACCUGCUUUUUAUUAUUAUAUAGCGCCAUUAAUGGUUCACGCGGAUAUUAUCGUGCCUCGCGGUGGAGAUAACGAAGUCGCGAUAGAACUCAUUGUACAGCACGUACAUACUCAGCUUCAACUGAGGGGUUUCAAACUCAGAGAAAAAUUAGCUCAUUCUUAUAUCGGUCAGCCACUACCAUCUUCUCUCUACCUACUUCCAGAUACGCCACAGAUUAAGGGUCUUCAUACAUUUAUAAGAAACAAGGAAACGUACAGGGAUGAAUUUAUAUUUUACUCCAAACGUCUAAUACGUUUGGUUAUUGAAUACGCGCUAUCUCUUUUACCAUUCGAGGAUGUAACAGUAGAAACGCCACAAGGAGUAUUAUAUCACGGGAAACGCGCCGCUACGGAUAAGAUCUGCGGUGUUUCAAUUCUGCGUGCCGGCGAAACUAUGGAGCAAGCUGUUAGGGACGUGUGCAAAGACAUAAGAAUAGGGAAAAUACUUAUACAAACGAACCAACAGACUGGAGAACCAGAGCUUUAUUACCUUCGAUUACCAAAAGAUAUUAAAGACUACAAAGUAAUAUUAAUGGAUGCAACAGUAGCAACAGGUGCAGCUGCCAUUAUGGCUAUUAGAGUUUUAUUGGACCACGACGUUGCCGAGGAGAACGUGUUACUCGUAUCCUUACUUAUGGCAGAGUCCGGUGUCCAUUCGAUUGCUUACGCGUUCCCACGUGUAAAGAUCGUCACGUCCGCCUUAGAUCCUGUGAUAAACGAGAAGUUUUACGUAUUGCCCGGUAUCGGUAACUUUGGCGAUCGAUACUUUGGAACCGAGCCAUCUUCCAUCGAAGAUUAA